CCGGAGUAAAAUAUUAAGGGUUUGUCAAUGCACUCGAUCUUGUCAGUCACCCCGUCCCGUCCAUAGACAGACAAUUAGUCCGGUCCAUUCACUCUUCUCACGUCCAGACAGACCCACCAGCUUCGUUCGCACACAUCAAUGGUACCAACACUCGACGACCCGACCAGCCACACCACAACCCAUUGAUUUAUUUGCUCGAGCCAGCCCUCAUUCACUGUGUGCAUGCACUAUCUCGAGAACUGCCUCUUGUCAGACGCCUCGCGCUUGCCUAACAGACACACACACCACACAUCACACACAGCGAAGAGAGGGUGCAAAACAAAUACAUAUCGGAUCGGUCGGCUGCGCGUCGUUUGGUCUGGUCAGCCGGCAUACCGUAUGGAUUGCUGGCUGAGAAUUUGUGUCCCGACGUGGGCUUCUUGCCUUUGAAUCCGCCGCUGGCCUUGAGGGUGUGGCGAGACGACUUGGCCUUGACGUUCAACUCAACCUGAUCGAUCAUAUGAACACACAAACACACACACGGUGCGUGGGUGUGUUGUGUGGGUGUGGGUGUGUCCGGUAGUCAGUCACCUUGGGUGGCGCGGAGAAGCCGAAUGACUGCAUGAGACAGACAGCCAUACAAGGAGCGACUAGAUGCACGUGAUUGUGUGUUGGUCUGUCUGUCUGUGGUGACCUUGGCCACUCUCUGGAGGUCCAGUGCCUGCACGUCGAAAAUGUCUUUGAGCGAAUGGGACGCAUAAGCCUGACACACACACACACACACACACAGAGAGAGAGAGAGAGAGGUAGGUUUGAGUGUUGCUAUCUUUCAUUCAUUCAUUCGUCUGGUAGUGCAUGUCAGUCAUGUCAUGUGCCGCUGUCUGAGCUGUCUGUCUUAUUUACAUACGUGGAGAUAUGAUCGGUAUGCGUCGCGCGACGACCGAUGCAGGUGGUAGUUCUUCUCAAUCAGACGCUCCAUCUGGGACUGCACAUCACAUCACAUCACAUCACAUCCACACACAGCCAAACAACAGAGAGACUCCCAUGCACCGCCCACCUGCACGUUGCUGAUCUUGUGUGGCGGGAAAGUGUAUUCGUUGAGCGGCACGUUGGCCUGCCUGAGGUAGCGCAGGAAGCCCAGCUCCUCCGGCAUGAGGAACAGCAGCGCCUUCCCCUGACCACCCGCACCGCGAGCAGUGCGGCCAACGCGAUGGAUGUACUCCCUGUGUGAGUGGUGGGAGCAGGGCAGGGCACAUACAUACAGCAGACAGACAGACAGACAGACAGAGAGACAACCAGAUGCAGUCAGUGUUGUGUUGUGUUUGCCCACUUGGGGUCAUCGGGCGGAUCGUACUGCACAAUCCAGUCGACCUGCACACACACAUACAAGCAUACAAGCAUCAGGCAGGUUGUUCCCCUGUUCUUUCUGUUCUUUCUGUUCUCUCUCUCCCAGACUCCCUCCCUCCCUCGCUCACCUUUGGUAUGUCCAGCCCCCUGGCUGCGACGUCGGUGCAGAGGAGUACGCCCUUUUGUGCGCUGCAGAAGUCGUAGUAGGUGGUGAGGCGGGCGGCCUGCUUCUUCUUGCCGUGGAUGCAGGUGGUGUGCAGGUCGAUGUAGUUGAGCAGCUCGUCGUGGAACUUGACGCUGUUGCACGCCGAGAAGAACACCAUCACCUUCUUGUCACGGUUCUUCUUCAGAAACGUGAAUAGCAGCAGGAAACGCGUCUCGGCCGGACACACAACGUACCCCUGCUGCAGCCCCGCCACCGUCGCCACGCGAGCCUUCACCUGCGCAACAUAACAACACAGACACGGCAAUGCAUUCAAUGGGGGUGUGGUGUGUUGGCCGUGACUGACGUGAUGAUGUCGGAUUGGCUAUACCAUACCUACACACCUGGAUGUAGAUGGGUUUCGUAAGUGAGAGUCUGGCGAGGUCCUGCACUUUGGUGGUCUGAGUGGCGGAGAAGAGGGCCGUCUGGCGCUUCUUGGGCAGCAGCCGGAUGAUCUGGUUCAUCUCCUCCUCAAACCCGAUCUCCAAAAUGCGGUCCGCCUCGUCGAUCACCAAGGACACCAGAUUCGAGUACAGGAAACCCUACACACACCCACACCCCCACACAAACAUACAUACAUAGCGGUGCCCUGCCCUGCCCAUGCAUCGCAUCCAUCGUGUGUUGCUCACUCACUUUGGUGUUCUGCAUAUGGUCGAGUAGGCGGCCCGGUGUGGCGACUAGCACAGUGACGCCCUUGGCGAGCUUCUCAGCCUCGUUGCGGCGGUUCGCACCGCCCAUCACCAAGCCAUGGGUCAGGGGCAGGUACUUGCAGAGGUCCUUGGCCACCUCAUAGAUCUGCAGGGACAGCUCACGGGUGGGCGAUAUCACCUGCACUCACACAGACAACACACAAACAAACAAACAUAUGAAUGUGUGUAUGGCACAGGCGCUGCGCUGCGGCCGUGUGUGUGUUGGUGUGGUGCCUCCCUCACCAGCACGCCCGUCCCGCUCUUGGGCAGGAACUUGAUCUCAUAGAGGGUCUGCACGGUGGGGAUCAGGAACGCCAGCGUCUUGCCGGAGCCCGUCUGCGCCGCUCCGAGCACAUCGUGGCCCUCCAGCAGAUGGGGAAUCGCCUUGGCCUGACAGACAGACGGACACACACACACAUAGCUUUCUCCCUCACUCCUUCACUCACCGCCCUCUCCGCCCUCUCUAAGUGGCUGGCUGGCUGACCUGUAUCUCGGUGAGCUGUUCGAACUUGUUGUCCUUGAGAGCCUUCUUGAGCUGGUCGCAUAUCUCAAGCUCGUCGAACCGCAUGUCGCUGAAGAACCCACCUGACAUGGUCGUGGUGGUGCCAGACUGAUCCCCUGUGGCUCCACACGAGGGGGCAUCAGCACCACCACCAGCCGCCGCCGCCGCCUCGCCAGUGCCGUUGGCCACUGCUGAUGCUGCUGCUGCUGAUUGGUCCUCAUCGGUUCCAUCUUGCAUGGCUCCCUCGUCAGCCUCUUCCCCUCCCCCCUGCUCCACCACCUGGUCCUGGGCCUCUGUCGUCACGUGCUGCUGCUUCUUGCUCCGUUGACGCACCUUCUUUCUCCUCGGUUCAGCAGCAUCGCCUGCAGACGGGGACGGGAAUGCAAGACCAUUCAUGGCGUCGUCAUCCUCAUCUGCCGUCCGCUGCUUCUUGGCGACGACCCAUGCUGACUCAUGCUCAUCAGGGACAGCAGGCUGACUCCUCUUCGUGGCCUUCGGCACACCAUCCGUCCAUGAGGGACCGUCGAGAUCAAGAUCAUGGCUCCCUUGCUGGCUUCGCAGUUGCCUGAGCUUCAGCAGCCUCUCCAGCUUUUUCUUCGCCUUUGCUGUGGGAUCCUCCAUCGUCGUCAGACCCUGGGAACUCCCGCUCCCCUUGCUUCGCGAGCUGUCAAU